GGCCAAGAUGGCGACGCCCAGGGAGCCGGCCGGGGAGUCGGCGGUUUACCUGGUGGUGAGCGGGAUCCCGGCCGUGUUACGCUCGGCUCAGUUACGGAGCUACUUUAGCCAGUUCCGGGAACAGCGCGGCGGAGGCUUUCUGUGCUUCCACUACCGGCACCGGCCCGAGAGGGCCCCUCCGCCGGCGAGUCCCGACGCGGCCGCUGAGGAUCCGCUUCUCGGCCAGGCUCCGGCCUCCGACGCCCGCGCUGUCCGCGCCCGGGGCUCGGCGGCGGCCCAGACCCGCACCUGCUGCUGCGUCGUCUCGGUGAGGGGAGCGGCGCAGGCCCAGCGGCUGCUCCGCAUGUACUCGGGUCGCCGGUGGCUGGACUCUCAGGGGACCUGGCUUCCCGGUCGCUGUCUCAUCCGCAGGCUUAGGCUUCCCACAGAGGCUUCAGAUCUGGGGUCCUUCCCCUUUAAGACCCGGAAGGAGCUACAGAGUCGAAGAGCAGAGAAUGAAGCUUUUACCCUGGCCGACCUGAACCAGCUCCCGGAGCUGAAUCCACCAGUGCUGAUGCCCAACGGCAAUGUGGGCACCCCCCUGCGGGUCUUUUUAGAGUUGAUCCGCUCCUGCCGUCUACCACCUCGAAUCAUUACCCAGCUACAGCUCCAGUUCCCCAAGACCGGCUCCUCCCGGCGCUAUGGCAACGUGCCCUUUCUGUAUGAGGACUCGGAGACUGUAGAGCAAGAAGAGCACGUGUACACAGCCGAAGGGGAGGAGAUCCCCCAGGGGACAUGUUUGGAAGAUCCAGCAGCUGGCUCCUCUGAUGAGCCCGAGGAUGAAGGGCAGCAGGAGGAGGAGGAGUCUGGUUCAGAAGAUGACGAUGAUGACCGGGGUGAGGAGUGGGAGCGACACGAAGCUCUUCACGAGGAUGUGACUGGGCAGGAGCGGUCAGCAGAGCGGCUCUUCGAGGAGGAGAUUGAACUUAAGUGGGAGAAAGGUGGCUCUGGCCUCGUGUUCUACACCGACGCUCAGUUCUGGCAGGAGGAGGAAGGAGAUUUUGAUGAGCAGACAGCUGAUGACUGGGACGUGGACAUGAGCAUCUACUACGACAGAGAUGGUGGGGACAAGGACGCCCGUGACUCUGUCCAAAUGCGCCUGGAACGGAGACUCCGUGAGGGUCAGGAAGAUGGCUCUGUGCUAGGUUGCCAAGUCGGCACCUUUGAGCGCCACACCAAGGGCAUCGGCCGGAAGGUGAUGGAGCGCCAGGGCUGGGCUGAAGGCCAGGGCCUGGGGAGCAGGUGCUCCGGGGUGCCUGAGGCCCUGGAUGGAGAUGGCCAGCACCCUAGGUGCAAGCGCGGCUUGGGAUACCAUGGAGAGAAGUUACAGCCAUUUGGGCAGCUGAAGAGGCCCCGUGGAACUGGCUUGGGGCUCAUUUCCACAAUCUAUGAUGAGCCUCUGCCCCAAGACCAGGGGGAGACCUUGCUCCGGCGCCAGCCACCCACCAGCAUGAAGUUUCGAACGGAUGUGACUUUUGUGAAGGGUUCUAGCUGUGCCUUGGACAGACCUUCAGAGCCUGAGUGAGCCGAUGUCCUCGGUCAGGAUCACUCAGCGGCUGGGACUUAGCCCUCUGCCCGGAUCGUGCCCUGGGGACCUCUGAAGCAGCCCAGAGCCCGGGAGUAGCUGACUGACUGUGCAGCACGGGCAGCCCUGAGCAGGCCCAGUUUCUCUACCUCAAAGAUGACCACCAAAAGCCCCUCCGUCUCCUGGGGUGUUUGUGCCUAAAGGCCUUCCUUGGUCUCCAGGCCCUAGUGCUUGUUUGGGUUUGCCCAGAACGUUGAAGAUCUGGACUGCCUGUGGCACCGUCAAGUCGGGUUUAGGGGUUGUCUGAAGAGCUCCGUGAAGCUGGGAAAGGGGACCAGAGAACUGAUCCAGAGAGGGUCGCGGUCCCUUACCACCUCUACCCUCUGCCUAGGGACGGAUCGGUGCGAGAAUAAACCAGUUUACCCGGCA